AUAUGAUUACAGGUCACUGCUGUGAGUGUGUAUAUAUAUAAGAGCAACCAGCAAUCCAGAGAUGAAUCUCAAGCAAGCAUCUUCUACUGCGUUCAUUGAGAUGAAGAUGUUGUCUGCGUGUGCUCUGCUUCUGCUGGCGUUUGCUGUGACUCAUGGACGGAUUGUGAGUAAAUGUGAGCUGAAGGAGCAGCUGGAGGUGGCGCGGGCUCGCGCUACUGGACACAAAAUGACUGUGGAUCAACUUAUCGCCAGUCUUGUUUGUAAUGUGGAAAACACUUCGGGCUUCAACACCAGCCUCGUCACCAGCAUCCAGAUCCACCAAGACAACAUCAAACCUCCAUUCCCAAUCCCUCACAAACCCAACCAGGAAAAACUACCAGCAAAAGAGGAGGAUGAGGAGAACAUGGAAGAUGAACACAUCAUCCCUGUUCAUCCACCAAGUCAUCCCAAAAGAAUAAGAAGUAGAAGAUCGGUCUAUAAAGCCGAGAGUGUUGAAACCCAGGGAGCAAAAGAGAUCUUCUCCAUGUGGCGUCAAGCUCUCCUCCCUAAACAGACCCUGGAGGACUCUUUCGGAAGCGGAGCAGAGGCCGUAUCUGAGGAGGAGAGCUCUGGAGAUUCUUCUUCAGAGGAGGAGCGUGGUGAUGUUGACUUAUGGAGAUGGUUGGGAAUCUUCCAGCUGAGUGAUCGUGUGGCUUGUGGUUCCGGAUCGGGGUCUUCACUCAACCUCUGUGGUCUGGAGUGCAGCGCUCUCCUCGAUGAUGACAUCACUGAUGACAUCACUUGCCUGAAGACUUUAUUGGAUAGCCAUGACAAGUACUACGGCUUCGCUCCCAUGAAGAGCUUCCACUCGAAUCUGUUGGAAAUGCUGCCGGUAAAGAAGUGCCGCUCUGUCGUCGCUUCAAAGUAUUUAGCUGAGUGUUUGUAAAAAUAUACAGCGGAUGAAGAUGAUUCUCCAUCGAGAGGGUGGAUCGACACUCGACCGUGGAGCUGUUUUCAAUUACAUCUCUCACACUUAAAGACCCCGUUAAGGCAAAAUUACACCAUUGCUUCAUGUCUGUCAGCUUUGAGAUCAUUUAUAUGCUAAUUCACCCUUCAAGAUAAUCAUUAAAUUAGGUUUUAUGCUUUCAGAUCCUUCAUUGACCUGUAGAAGGUUAAGUAAUUAAUGCAAUAAAAUGAUCUAGAUAAUGACAACAUCAAACUGAUAUACAGUUGAAGACAUAAUUAUUAGCUCUCAUGUGAAAUCUGGAUUCUUUUUCAAAUAAGCGAUGUUUAACGAAGCAAUUUUUAAAGUGUUAAUUAAGUGAAUUUUGUGACUGUUUUGGUGUGCAGUAGCUUAUAGAUAUCAUAAACUAACAAUGCUGAUACUAACAUCUAAAUAACUUUAUUUUAACUUCAUGGGACCUUUAAAGGUAACAUCGAAUGCUCAUUUUACAGUUCAUAUUUUUCUCUGGGGUCUUAAUGAAAAGUUUUUAUCGUUGGUAAAUUGUCUCAAUGGUAGUGUAAAUAAACUCACUUUUUACUGUCAUAAACAGUGAGCCUAUUCGGUGCAUGUCUCUUUAAAUGCUAAUGAGUCACUGCCCAACUCCACCCUUUUUCAAAGCUGGAUCAUGAUUGGCUGGUAAUUAUCCGUUAUUGAAGUAGCUAACCAAUAAUAUUUGUUCUGGAGAAAGUAUUACUACUUUUAUUGAAAAAAAAGGUAAAAAUAUUAGUAAAAACUGCUUAGGUCAACAUUAUUUGCCCCCUUAUUUUUUCAGAUUGGCUACAGAACAAACCACUGUUGUCCAAUGACUUACCUAGUUAUCCAAAUUAACCUAGUUAAGCCUUUAAAUUGCACUAGCAUUUCGCCAAAUAACUAGUAAUAUAUAUUGUACGGUCAAAGAUUUAAAAAAAUAAGUUAUUUGAAUUUAGUUAUUAGUUUUUAUGUUUAAA